UAAAUAGCAUAUAUGUUAUAAAUCGAUUUUAGUAUAGAUCUUUGAAGUAUACGUAAAAAUGAUUAUAAUCUGAUUGAGUUUUUAAUAAAGUCGAAAUGAGCUUAAAAAUUUCAGCUUUUUUAACUGCCGAAAUGAGCUUGUAAAUUGGUUUUUAGAUACUUGUUUCUGACUGGGGCAAUUAAUGUGGCCGAAAACCAUUUAAAUUUUCAAAAAAGUAAUAGCAAUUUUUGUAAUUAAUUGAAAAAAUCAGGGGCAUAAUUCUAAGAAAGAUUAUGUUUUAAUAGUAUAGAUAUCAAUUUGACACAAAGGAAUAGCAAUACUAUAACUUUGACUCUAUGUACCAAUAAUAAAUUUAUUAAUAAAAUUGAUUAAAGUAAAAUUAGUAUAUACACCAAUGUAUAGAAUAAUCUCCACUCUUAACACAUUUAUAGUAAUUCGAAAAAUCAGUACUAUCUCAUAAAUCUCACCAAUUUUUACUUUAAAUUCAUAUAUAUUAGUACAGAAUGCUCAACUAUAUUUAUAUGGUAUUAUCUAUGUAGAUUUUGUAUUUUAAACUGUUUUAAGUAAUAUAAAUCUGUUGAGAAAAGUAAAAAUAAAAAUUUGAUACAGAAUUAGGUCUGCUCAGCCCAGCCUUUUAUCAAAACUCAAAACAAUGUUUUCCGGAUACCCGAAACAUUGUUUCAAUUUGUACAAUAAUUCUAAAUAAAUAAAUAAUACAUAUUUAUAAAAAGGUGAAAAAGUAACAUAUAAAGGGGAAAUAAACCAGGAUAGCUUUUAUAUAAGUUGAUUUCUUCCGAUCUCUCUCCCUCUUUCUAUGUCUAUGAGCUAAUCGUACAGACAAAACGGGUUCAAGAAGUAGGGUUCUCAAGACAAAACCGUGUCUUGCUCUGUGUCUUCGAUCAAGAAUAUGGAAGAAGCAAUGUUAGGUAUGAUCGGACCCACAGUAGGCGGAGGAGGAGACGGAGAAGCAGCCGUGGCGGCGGAGCAGAAUAGACAAAUGAAAGGUGAGAUAGCGUCACAUCCCAUGUACGAGCAAUUAUUGGCCGCACACGUGGCAUGUCUGAGAGUGGCAACUCCUAUCGAUCAGCUUCCGAUCAUUGAAGCUCAGCUUUCUCACUCUCAUCGUCUUCUCCGUUCUUAUGCUUCCAUAGCCAUUGGAUUCUCGCAUCACGAUCGUCAAGAGCUCGACAAUUUCUUGGCACAGUAUGUAAUGGUGUUGUGUAGCUUCAAAGAACAGCUUCAACAACACGUGAGGGUUCAUGCCGUCGAAGCUGUGAUGGCUUGCCGUGAAAUUGAGAAUAACCUCCAUUCUCUCGCAGGAGCUACAUUAGGAGAAGCGUCCGGUGCGACAAUGUCCGAGGACGAGGAAGAUCUCCACAUGGAUUUCUCAUCGGAUACUUCCGGCGUUGGUUUUAGCGGCGGACACGAUAUGACGGGAUUUGGUCCAUUGCUUCCGACUGAAUCUGAAAGAUCUCUUAUGGAAAGAGUCAGACAAGAACUUAAACUCGAACUUAAACAGGGUUUUAAAUCGAGAAUUGAAGAUGUAAGAGAAGAGAUAAUGAGGAAAAGAAGGGCUGGGAAAUUGCCUGGAGACACAACCACUGUCUUGAAAAAUUGGUGGCAACAACAUUGCAAAUGGCCUUACCCUACUGAAGACGACAAGGCAAAAUUGGUGGAGGAGACAGGAUUACAGUUGAAGCAAAUCAACAAUUGGUUCAUUAAUCAACGCAAGAGGAACUGGCACAACAACUCUCAUUCCCUCACUUCCUUGAAGUCCAAGCGCAAACACUAAUCUCUUCUUACUAAUUAGUAUAUAGUUACCACUAUAGUUUCAUAUACGAACUAGUUACAUUGCGAAUGCUGUUCAUGUAUUUGGUAAUAACGAGGUGUGAUUAUCAAUAUCAUAUACUCACUUUAACUUAUUUUACAUCGCAACUACUAAAUGGUUUCUGCUUUGAAUGAUUUACUUGUUGUUACUAGAUUGUGAUCCA